AUGACGACCUUGGCCCUGCGGUCAGGCUACCUCGCCCGCUUAUCGAGAUCCACCAUCGCAUCCGCCGCCCUAGCCCAAUCCCGUGCUCGUUGCGCCCCGUCCCUCUCCAGAUCCAUCCUCCACCAGCAGCGCGUACGGACAUAUGCCAGCACCCCGCCGCAAGAUCCGAAGGACCCGAAGGAUCGCGCCGGUGGCAAGGAUGGCGCGAACAAGGCAGAAGAUGGCAAGAGGGUAGACUUCAACCAGAGUUCGCCAGGUGGCAAUGACAAUGGCCCCAAGAAAGGAUUCGCGAAGCUCACCUCGCAGGAGGAGGAGCAGAUGGACAAGCUUCUGUCGAGGUUAAAGCUGGGCCUCCCAAAGUCUCAGGCCGGUGAUCUCGAGCGCGCUUUCCAAAACAUCAAGAAGGAAGGAAUUCCGCAAGAGUUGCGCGACGUCAUGAAGAACCUGCAGGAUGGAGCGCCCAUGGACCUGGGCACCGCCGCGAAGCUUGUGAGAUUGACAACUACCCUGGCUCGGAAACAUGCGGAAAAGACGGUUUAUGACGACAAGGACGACGUACACAAAACUCAAGAUGAAGAACCCCAACAGAAGGCCGGCUCGCACGACCCUGGCCCGCAGAAUCAGCAGAAGGACAAGAAGAAGCAGAAGGGCACCGGCUCGCCGUCCAUGGCAGACCUCAACGUUGAUUUGGGCUCCGUGCUCAUGUCUGUGUUUGUCACAUACCUUUUGUAUCGCCUCGUUGUCCCCGGAGAGAGCUCCAAGGAGAUCACAUGGCAAGAGUUCCGCAGCACGUUCCUGGACAAGGGCUUGGUCGAAAAGGUCGUCGUUGUGAGCGGUCAGAGGGCGCGCGUAUACGUUCACCGGGAAGCCGUUGGAUCAGUCUACCCCGAUUCUCCGGCCUCUAACGAGAACUUCCACUACUAUUUUACCCUUGGCUCUGUCGAGGCCUUCGAGAGAAAGAUGGACGAGGCGCAAGAUCAACUCGGCAUUCCGCCGGGCGAGCGCAUUCCCGUCGCAUACUCUGACGAAGUACCGUGGAUAGCGACCAUCCUGUCCUUUGGACCGACACUUUUGGUCAUCGGUUCCAUAUUUUUCCUAUCAAGACGCGCUGGACAGGGCGGUGGAGGGUCCAGUGGCAUUUUCGGCAUGGGAAGGAGCCGCGCCAAGAAGUUCAACCACGAGACAGAUAUCAAGGUCAAGUUCGCAGACGUAGCCGGAAUGGACGAGGCCAAGCAGGAGAUCAUGGAAUUCGUCAGCUUCUUGAAAGAGCCUGGCAUCUACCAGAAGCUUGGCGCUAAGAUCCCGCGUGGCGCUAUCCUUUCUGGUCCUCCCGGUACUGGUAAAACUCUCCUUGCGAAGGCCACUGCCGGUGAAUCUGGAGUGCCAUUCUUCAGCGUCAGCGGUUCUGAGUUCGUCGAGAUGUUUGUCGGUGUUGGUCCCUCAAGAGUGCGCGACCUGUUCGCUACUGCGCGGAAGAGCACGCCUUGCAUCAUCUUCAUCGAUGAAAUCGACGCCAUCGGAAAGUCAAGAGCCAAGCAAAGCUUCGGUGGUGGCAACGAUGAGAGAGAAAGCACGCUGAACCAGAUUCUGACUGAGAUGGAUGGUUUCAACACCUCGGAGCAAGUGGUUGUUCUUGCUGGUACUAAUAGACCCGAUGUUCUCGACAAGGCUCUUAUGCGUCCUGGUCGUUUUGACAGACACAUUGGCAUUGAUCGGCCGACCAUGGAAGGCCGGAAGCAGAUCUUCGGUGUGCAUCUCAAGAAGAUUGUCACCAAGGAGGACAUUGAUUUCCUUACGGGCCGUCUCGCAGCACUCACACCUGGCUUCGCAGGUGCGGACAUUGCCAACUGUGUGAACGAAGCUGCGCUUAUUGCUGCUCGUUUCCAAGCCGAAAGUGUCGAGAUGAAGCACUUUGAACAAGCCAUUGAGCGUGUCAUUGGCGGUCUGGAGAAGAAGUCCAUGGUGCUCUCGCCUGAAGAUAAGAAGACGGUCGCAUACCACGAGGCGGGCCACGCCAUCUGCGGCUGGUACUUCAAGUAUGCGGAUCCUCUCCUCAAGGUGUCGAUCAUUCCCCGUGGCUCGGGUGCGCUUGGAUACGCCCAAUACCUCCCCACUGGCGACACGUACCUCAUGAACGUCAACCAGCUCGUUGACCGCAUGGCCAUGGCUCUAGGUGGCCGUGUUUCGGAAGAGCUGCACUUCGAGACUGUCACGUCUGGCGCGUCUGACGACUUCAACAAGGUCACUCGCAUGGCUACUGCCAUGGUGACCAAGUGGGGCAUGUCCAGCAAGAUUGGCUACCUGUACUUCGAAGACGACACCCAGUCCCAGCUUCACAAGCCCUUCUCCGAGGAAACUGCCAAGAACAUCGACUCCGAGGUCCGCCGCAUCGUCGACGAGGCCUACAAGCAGUGCAAGGACCUGCUGAUCGAGAAGAAGCAUGAAGUCGGCCUUGUUGCCGAGGAGCUGCUGAAGAAGGAAAUGCUCGGCCGCGACGACCUCGAGCGCGUCCUCGGACCCAGACCAUAUGGCGACCCCAAAGACUUCACCAAGUACUUCGGCUCGAGGGGCGAUCGCGAGGGAGCUGGUCCCGGCAGCGUGCCCGGCUCGAGUUCGAUAGGCAAGGAGGAUGGGGGUGCUCCGGAGCCCCCAAAGAUUCCUCCGGGUGGAAUUGCCUUGUAA